GCCAUCUGAAAUGUCAGUUGUCAUAACUUGACAACAAUCAAUAAUGUUGUCGGUAAAAAAGUUUUCGUAUUGUUAUACGUCUUUUUUUUAGUUUUUGAAAGUGAGUUUGUGGCAAUUUUUGUGUAGGAAAAAAGCGAAUGUGGUGAAUAGGUUACUUCAUGAUAAUCAAUUUUAUUUUUUCGGUGUUACAUGGGGGCGAUAUUUGAGAAUUGUGAUUGAUGAUGAUGGCAGCACUGUACCUGUCAAAAUUACUCCCGUAGGAAAGAAUCUCGUAUUUUGUUUAUGUAGGUCCUUGGGCUCUAAAAUUAUGCCCUUCCUCAGUCUUUCCUGUUUUGUUUUGUAAAAAAAACUGUUAUUGAUUUACUUUUCUUACGAAUGAAGCUCAUGGCAUAUUAGCUUCUAAAGAAGUCAAAAAAUGGGAAAUUCGGGGCUAAAACAGCAUAUUGUAACUGCUCAAAAAACGGGAGUUUUGAAAUUAUCUCAAGGACACCUCAAUGGAUUUCCUCCAGAGUUCAGACAACUAGAAGGCAAUUUGAGAACCUUGGAUUUAUCUGAUAACAAGUUUGUAAAUUUACCAACCGAAAUAAGUCGUUUUUUACAGUUAAAACAUUUAAAUCUGAAUAAAAAUAAACUGGUAAAAAUCCCAGACUGUAUUGGAGCACUUACAAAAUUGGAAACUCUCAAUCUUUGUCAUAAUAAUUUAACCAGUUUACCAAGAACUCUAUCAAAUUUGAUCAAUUUAAAGCAAGUUUAUUUGUGUGAAAACCAUUUAAAAGAAGUACCUUUGAUGUUUUGCAGUUUGAAACACUUAGACAUCUUAGAUUUAUCCAAAAACGAUAUUACUUCUGUACCUGCAGAAGUUUCAGGUUUAAAUGUUGUCGAACUUAAUUUAAAUCAAAACCAAAUUGCAGACAUUUCUCCACAAGUCGCGAAUUGUCCGCGUUUAAAAACGCUACGUCUAGAAGAGAAUUGCUUACAAUUGUCUGCUAUACAUUCCAAAAUAUUGACUGAUUCAAAAAUCUGUAAUUUAGCACUUGAUGGAAAUUUGUUUGAGUUAAAACAGUUGGCAGACGUGCCAGGAUAUGAUGCUUACAUGGAAAGAUUCACGGCAGUCAAGAAGAAAUUGUUUUAAUUACAAUAAGCCUAUCAGAAACAUGGUUGUGAAAAAUAAUUGUAAACUUUUCAGUUAAACUUUAAAAAGUAUUCCCUCCAAUUUUCCAGCAUGUAUGACCCAAAAACUCACUCACACUUUUCACAUAAAUUGAUGUGUUAUGCAUAGAAUAUUGUUAAAUAAAAGACAAUCAGUGUAAGUGUUUUGUGUAUUAGAUUAUUUCAUCAAAUCGUGAUGUGCAUUACAAUACAAUAAUAUAUGUGCUAGCUUUAGUCCCUAAUCUUCUGAAACGAGAUUCUUUAAAAGUAUUUUGGGGCCAAAUAUACUUUCAAUGAAAUGUCUGAUAAUUAGGGUAACGAUAGUAUUUUUAACGUGUAAAUUACGACUUGUGAUUAUAUUGUGAAGAUUAGAGACGAAUUCAUCAAUUUUCUUACUUUCACGUUUCGAAUUUUUUGUGAAUGACACCAAUUUUAAGUCAACAAAUUUGUGCCGAAGCAACUUUACUUCAAGCACUUAUUUGUGCUUGCAUAUAAAGAAGCAAUAAAUUGUUUCUCACUUUAGCUAUUCAGAUUUAUCUCUUUGUGAAACACUACGCAUUUAAAUUAAUCUUUAUUCCCUGUUGGAUAGGAUGUUAUGUUAUUCAGAAAUAAUAUCUAUUAUGUAAAUGUGUUGUUAGUUUAGGUGAUUUUUUUGUUUUAAAAAAUUCUGGAAUAAGGUGGUGCCAAUUUGUUUCAUUAGCGGAAUAAUUGUGGAUUUAUUUAUCAAAGAUAAAAAGCGCUUAUAAUUGUACAGAUGUUAUUUAUUAUUUAAUGUUAUUUAUAAAUAAGUUAUUGUUAUGGAAAAAAUACAUUUCGAAGCCUCAAGUGUACUUCUCAAUUACUAUACUGUACUUUGUAAAGAUAUGUUGCACAUUUGCUAUCUCUAUUUUUGAUUCUACAUUUAUCCGAUUUCUAUCUAAACAAUAUAUACAGCCUCAGUGAAAA